UUUUUUUUGAAACUUCCACAGCUUCUUGCAAAUUACUUCGCAUAAGGGCUAUAAUGAUUCAGAAACCAGUGUUCAAGGUUCAACACGAUUUAUGAAUUUUAUGAUAAAUUCUGAAUACCUACCUUUACUUCUAAAACCUACAGUCGUGUGGAGGAGUACUGCAUAACAACAGUCCAGUUUCAAUUUGCAGCAAUGAGUGACACAGUAGUAGCAGGUGUGACUAGACCUGUAUCGGAACUACAGAUGGUUUGGAAAAUUAUCGUAGUGGGUGACAUGAAUACUGGUAAGACUUCUAUCAUUGAAAGGUAUUGUGACAGACAUUUCAUUGAAGACCGUCGACCCACGAUAGGUAUUGAUUUAAAAAAGAAAAAUAUCAAUUUCGAGAACAAAAGUAUUGUUUUAAAUAUUUGGGACACUGCUGGAACUGAAAAAUAUCAAUAUUUAUCUCAAUUGUUCUACAGAGAAGCAAUGGGGUUAUUUAUUGUCUACGACGUUACAAAUUUAAAUUCUUUACAGGACUUGCACAAAUGGAUGAAAAAUAUUGAUGAUUUUGCUCCUUCAAAUGUGGUAAGAAUUUUGAUUGGAGCUAAAUGUGAUAUGGAAUCAAAUAGAAUGGUGUCGACCGAAGAAGGGAAACUGGUUGCAAAACAUUUUGGAAUACCCUUUUUUGAAUUAUCUUCUAAAAAUAAUAUAAACGUAGACGAUGCAUUUUUGAAAAUGGUUUCUAUGAUAAAUGAGAUGGAAUCUGUAUAUACUAUUAAAAAGAAUUUUGUGAUCUUAGAAGACAAACCAAUAGUUUGUGACAUUGACAACCCAUCCAAAUGUAACUGUUGAUUUGAGAGGUAUUUAUAAGAAAAACAUGAUAACAUUUUAUAAAAUGGUUUCAUUAAAUGUACUUAUAUUGUUUUACUUAUUAAUUAUUAUUAUUACAUAUUAUAUUCUAUAGAAAUACAUUUUAUAUUUUUAUACACUGAUUAAUUAAAAUUGCUGUAAGAUAUUUUCCUCUUGAUUAUCAGUAAAUAUUAUAUCAUUUUUGAAACAGAAGUUAAACAUCCUAAGAAAUAUACUGGAAUAUAUUAUAUAUUAAAAAAAACCUCGGAUGGUCUAUUUGGAUAUGUUAUGAAUUAUUGCUACUACAAAUAUUUUUAGGAAAAAUAAUUUCACUACGAAGAUCCAUUUUUGAAAAGAUUUCUAUUAUGUAUAAUAGUUGCGGCCUGCUGCUCUGGUUGAGUCAAACACAAUGGUAAUCAUUGUAGUUGGAGUAUGAUUUCAAGUAUAAAUGUGCAAUAAUUUAUUUCCGUUUUUAAUGUAUGUAUAAUAGAAAACCAGUAUUUUUACGGGCUUUUAAAAACGGUAAAAAUGAAUUACAAAGUUAUAUGUUGUGAACAAUUUUAUAACUGAAGCAAAACAAUUUUUGUUUUUUACAUUUAUAUUGAGUUUGGAGAUUUAAAUAAGCAGUAAAUUAAAUAAUCAAAUUUAAACGUUCCAUAUAUUUUUUUCACUACUAUUAAUAUAAUUAAAAACGCAGUUAAAGAACACAAGCGCAUUUGCCUACCGCAACACAUUUAUUGUUUCAAUACAACAUUUUGUAGACAUAUUAUAUUGUUAUGUUGAAGUGCAUGGUGCCAUUAAGACUUUGUAUUGUAACUGUUAAUGUACUGAUAAAAAAAUUACAAUAUUAUAUUGUUAUUCAUGUGGCCAUUAUAAGUAUCCAGUGAUAUGCUUAAGUAUGAUGAACACGUUUUAAAGAUGAACGCAAAUACAAAGUAUACACUUAAUAUUAUAAAAAAUAUUAUGUUUGUUUUUACACUGUAAACAAGAAUUAUUAAUAAUAAUACAAAUUAACGGGAAUAAAGGAAACAAUGAGUACUUGACCAUCUAUAUAAAUUAAUAUACCUAAUGUAAUAUUAAAAUAAUAUAUGGCGGAGAAAAUAAAAAGAACAGGUAACCGCGAUUAAAGCUGUUGUGAGUAUAAUUUAUUGUAUAUUAUUAAUAAUAUAAUUGAAACGAUUUUGUAUUUUAAUACAGUUAAAUAGGUCUACAAAUAAAAAAAAAAAUCGACAAAACUACUGCAGGAAAGUUCUGACACA